AGUGGUCGGCACUCCGCGUCGGGGCGGGCGCCAUGAAGCUCAACGUGGACGGGCUGCUGGUCUACUUCCCGUAUGACUACAUCUACCCGGAGCAGUUCUCGUACAUGCUGGAGCUCAAGCGCACGCUGGACGCCAAGGGUCAUGGGGUCCUGGAGAUGCCCUCAGGCACUGGGAAGACUGUGUCACUACUGGCCUUGAUCAUGGCAUACCAGCGGGCGUAUCCGCUGGAGGUGACCAAGCUCAUCUACUGCUCCCGGACGGUGCCUGAGAUUGAAAAGGUGAUCGAGGAACUGCGCAAGCUGCUCACCUUCUACGAGAAGCAGGAGGGCGAGAAGCUGCCGUUCCUGGGCCUGGCCCUGAGCUCCCGCAAGAACCUGUGCAUCCAUCCCGAGGUGACACCCCUGCGCUUCGGGAAGGACGUGGAUGGGAAGUGCCACAGUCUUACGGCCUCCUACGUGCGGGCACAGUACCAGCAGGACACCAGCCUGCCCCACUGCCGCUUCUAUGAGCUUGCUGCGCAACAGCCACUGUUGGAGGAUCGUGGCUGCGCCGGUACCCUGGACCGCUGCCAAGCCAACCUGGAGACCCUGCAGAAGACUGUGCUCAGGAUCAAGCAGACGGAUGAGCAGCGCCUGCGGGACGAGUACCGGCGCCUAGUGGAGGGGCUGCGGGAGGCCAGCAUAGCCCGCGAGACGGACGCCCACCUGGCCAACCCCGUGUUGCCUGACGAGGUGCUACAGGAGGCGGUGCCCGGCUCCAUCCGCACAGCCGAGCACUUCCUGGGCUUCCUGAGGAGGCUGCUAGAGUUCGUCAAGUGGCGCCUGCGCGUGCAGCACGUGGUGCAGGAGAGCCCGCCCGCCUUCCUGAGCAGCCUGGCACAGCGCGUGUGCAUCCAGCGCAAGCCGCUCAGGUUUUGCGCCGAGCGCCUGCGUUCCCUGCUGCAUACCCUGGAGAUCGCCGACCUGGCAGACUUCUCCCCCCUCACCCUCCUCGCCAACUUCGCCACCCUUGUCAGCACCUACGCCAAGGGCUUCACCAUCAUCAUCGAGCCCUUUGACGACAGGACCCCGACCAUCGCCAACCCCGUCCUGCACUUCAGCUGCAUGGACGCCUCACUGGCCAUCAAGCCCGUGUUUGAGCGCUUCCAGUCGGUUAUCAUCACCUCUGGGACCCUGUCCCCGUUAGACAUCUACCCCAAGAUCCUGGACUUCCACCCCGUCACCAUGGCAACCUUCACCAUGACACUGGCCCGGGUCUGCCUGUGCCCCAUGAUCAUCGGCCGUGGCAAUGACCAGGUGGCUAUCAGCUCCAAGUUCGAGACCCGGGAAGACAUCGCCGUGAUCCGGAACUACGGGAACCUGCUGCUGGAGAUGUCGGCCGUGGUGCCCGACGGCAUCGUGGCCUUCUUCACCAGCUACCAGUACAUGGAGAGCACCGUGGCCUCCUGGUACGAGCAGGGAAUCCUGGAAAACAUUCAGCGGAACAAGCUGCUCUUCAUCGAGACGCAGGACAGCGCCGAGACCAGCGUGGCCCUGGAAAAGUACCAGGAGGCCUGUGAGAACGGCCGUGGUGCCAUCCUGCUGUCCGUGGCCCGGGGCAAGGUGUCUGAGGGAAUCGACUUCGUGCACCACUUCGGCCGGGCCGUCAUCAUGUUCGGCGUCCCCUACGUCUACACGCAGAGCCGCAUACUUAAGGCGCGGCUCGAGUACCUGCGGGACCAGUUCCAGAUCCGGGAGAAUGACUUCCUCACCUUUGACGCCAUGCGCCACGCCGCCCAGUGCGUGGGUCGCGCCAUCAGGGGCAAGACCGACUACGGCCUCAUGGUCUUUGCCGACAAGCGGUUUGCACGUGCCGACAAACGGGGAAAGCUGCCCCGCUGGAUCCAGGAGCACCUGACGGACGCCAACCUCAACCUGACGGUGGACGAGGGCGUCCAGGUGGCCAAGUACUUCCUGCGGCAGAUGGCGCAGCCCUUCCACCGGGAGGAUCAGCUGGGACUGUCCCUGCUCAGCCUGGAGCAGCUGCAGUCGGAGGAGACGCUGCGGCGGAUUGAGCAGAUUGCCCAGCAGCUGUGAGCCCGGGCCAGCCAGCACCCAGCAGGGGGAGCCAGAGGACGCAGUGACGAGCAGGGAAGGAUUUGUGGGGUGCAGGGGUGCGGGGUCUGCCGGAGCCCCCACUCACCCGGCCAUCCCAGCGGCAGGGCCCUCACCGCGGAGCCGGGACACCAGCUUCUCACUGCCCCGCCGGAUGGACUCCCGGAGCUUGGAGAAGGAGCUGCUGCGGCGCAGGGCCUACGGGGGAGGCCGGGGCCGUGGGUCAGCCCCUUGGACGGCCGCCCCCGCUCCCCCCGGCCCGGGAUCCAGACCGAGCUUCCCCCUUACCUGCUGCUCUGCAUCACCAGUCGUGCCUGUGUUGGGGACUCCUGAGGGAUAAAUGGGGACAGUGAGCGGGGAGGGACAGGGGGCCGGGGCUGACAGGGUGGGGUGCACCCGGCGGGCGGGGCUCACCGAGCGGGGCGGGCAGCUGCUCGCGGUUCAGGAUUUCCUUGUAGAGCUCCUCCGCUUGCUCGUACUUGUUCUGCUUCAGGUAGGCCGAGGCCUGCGCGGGGACAGCUGCUCAGGACCCCGUCCCCUCAGCCCCCCUUGCUGCCAGGGGGCCCAGCGCGGGUGACUGUGGGGAGACCCUCCCGUGGCCCCGCCUCCUGGCUCCCCUUCCCCAGCACAAUAAACCUCAAGA